AUGGAUUCUCCCCAUCUACCACCCGAUUUCAUGCCGAACAUACCGACCGGCGAGAACCCCAUGCAGAAACUCAACCGCGGCCUUGCGCUGAGUGAUCAAGCAAUAGCCGCGAGGCAUGAGAUCGCACGGGUCGACCAUGAGGUCACGGAGCGUCAUUUUGAGGCCAUAGCAAUUGUUAAUGAGGUCACACAUCUUCAGGAGGAACGGGUGGCUCACAGUCAAUAUGCGGAUAUGCUUACGAACACCGCCUUUCGAUUGCAACACGAUGCCGUAACAGAAUACAUCGCAAUCCGUCGUCUGUUUCACGACACCUUGUACUCCUACGGAUGGGACGUUAUCAAUUUCUACAUGAUGAUUCCAGAUCAAGCACGGCGACUACAAGAUAUCUGGGCUCGGGUCGAACAGGGAACAGCUGCAAUGGAAGAAGUUGUGGCUUUGUUUGACGACAUGUUGACCGUCACUGCGAUCAUAAGGCUCGCACCCCAUCCUCCGGCCGGAGGAAAUACGUCGGCCGCCCCGCCGCCAAUGCAAAACACGGCCGGCAAUCAAGAUGGAGACGCAAAUGACCAGGCAGUAGCUCAACAAGACUUGCCGGAGAAUGUGGCUGAGGAAGCAAAUGAUACCAACCAUGACAACGACCAGAUCAAUCAAGCUACAGACACCUGA